AUGGAAGUGAAUGGUGAACCAGAUAUAGCUGGUAUUUUCAGCGCGGCUUUAAUGCCGUUGAAAGAUAUGAAAGAUGCAGAUAUUUUGGACCAGUAUGAAAUGAACAUGGCUGAUGGAAAUAUAACACCUGACGUUCUAGAACAUUUAUCUCAAAGAACUACACAGAACCAUAAAGAUGGUAUAUUUGGUGAAGAGUUUAGAAAGAAAGUUAGGGAGAGAGAAGGAAGAGAACCUAUUGUACAUGACCUUGCAAACGAAAGUUUGCAAAAUGUCAUAAAAACUUACUUUGCAGACAAUGAACCGAGAAGGGAUGAAUAUUUAAGAAAACUCAAAUGGACAGUACCAAAUGAAAUGUUAGUAUUGAAAAACAUGUUCCUUGACAAAAUAAAACCAACUACAGAAAUAAACGACGCAAGACUGAAAGAUUGGGUAAAAGCUUUCCCAUUCACAAAAGAUAUAGUUGGUAACAUGGAAAGAAAACCAGAAUGGCUACAAAAACAUAUAUUUGGAAACGAGCUUAUUCCAUAUGGACAAGCUCUGUUUGAAGAGCUUGAACCAGAAACUCAGGAAAGAGUCAUGCAAACAAUACGCGAAGACUCAAAUACAGACUAUGACAAACUCUUUCUAGGAUAUAGGUUACCUGAGAUGGGCGACCAGAGCCAAAAGGCAAAAAGGACAUGGGAAAUUUGCAACAUACUAGAUGAACAUAAUGCAAAGAUGCAACAACUUCAAGCAGAGGGCAAUGAAGGAAAAAGAAGAGUUAAAAACUCAGUCAGGAAGAAAGUAAAGCUUGGUCCACGUGGGUUCUAUUAUGACAUAUAA